AUGGCGGUUCGGCCUGGUGAGGAGAACGUUGCGACCCUCUUUGGGGAUGUUCACUAUUUCUAUGGUCCACCCGAGGCGAAUCCACCGCAUCAUCGCUUUGAUAAAGGUUCUUACAUAUACCUAUUCGAAAAUGCGAAUGACCGAAGAGCGCGUGUUGAAAUUGCGAAUCAGCCGGGCACAGAUGACCAGGAUGCCUUCGAUGGGUUUCUAGAUAGGACGCGAGUUCGAUACUCUUACAAGCAACAAUGUCUUGUGAAUCUCUUAGUCGAAGGGGUACCUGGUGCACCUAUAGACCAGAGCCAAUGGCAUUUACCAACCUACGACCCGCGAAAUGAGAAUAAAUACCACUACAAACUUCAUUCACUCGAUAUUUACUUCUGGACUCACACCGAUGCCCUACAGUUCGUCAAUGGUGUACGACGGGUGCUUCCCCCUUCGCAAGUUGAGGUAGCAGAUGAGCCAGGUCCCCCACCUCACCCGUACGGUCAGUCACAAGACACAAAUCCUCUAGUCCAGAAAUUAGAAAAUGUUGCCAUCUCAGACCCGAAGUAUUCAAGUCCCAAACCUAUAGCUCAAAGCAUACCUACGUUCGCGCCUCCUCCAACCUCUGCGACAGACGACAGUAAGACAAGCUCACCUCAAAGCUUCGCGCCGAUGGCGUACAAUCCAGCUGCACCAGCUGCAGCUGAACAGAGAAUACAUCGGGAGAAGACCCCUCCCCCACCUGAGGAUGACGGGGAUAAUCCUCUUGCCGCGGCGGUCGUUCGCGAUUCAGCCCCGCCGUAUACCCCUGGGUAUGGUGCAGCAGCCUUCUCGGCGCCCCCGGGAAGUGUUGGUCUUCCCGGUCCUCCACCACAAGCGCAUUCGGGUCUCGUCAGUCCAGGUCUUGCUAGUCCCGGUAUUGGGAACCCCGGCUUAGUUAGUCCGGGCCUACCAACUCCCGGCAUUACAAGCCCGGUUUUUCCACCAUCGCAAUUUGGACAUUUACAACGUUCUUCGACAGUACCCGUUUCCGGAUUGGCGUCGCCUGGUCUUGUAAGUCCGUAUGGUAGUAAUUUCCCCGGAUCGCCAGGAUUCGCGCCUCCUCCGUCGCAUAAUACGCAACAUCAAUCCACUCCACCUCCUGUUCAAAGCCCUGGGUUGCCCCCACCACCGCCAGGAGGUUAUGCACACUACAGCUAUAGCAAUGCGCCGCAGCAAGGACCAGGAAGCACGGACUACGGUGUCCAUCAACAGCUAUAUCGGCCGACGGAACAGGAACAUGCUGCCAAAUACGGCGUGUAUAAGCCGAAAGUGGAGAGUCAGAGCAGGUUGGGUCAAAACGCGGAACGACUCGAAAAGGGCGUUACGGGGAUGCUUAAGAAAUUUGAGAAAAGAUUUGGUUGAUCAUUUGAUUUAUUUACUCCGGAUGUGCUUACGUAUUUUGGAUGGCGUCGGUCAUUUUUCAAAUCUUUUAGGAUACCAGAUUUACCAAUUCCAUGUUUUUCAAUAUACAAAUUUCAAAUCUGUACGAAUUAUGACGUCAAUGCGAUCAAGGAAUACUACCUUAGUGCUGUCUAGGCAAUGAAAGGAAGUGGCUCAACCCAGCACCAGUUAUCUCAACGGUUAAUCGCUUGUUGGUCCUCAUGUGGCUAUUAGCUUCAGGUAUUUGUAUUUUACUCAUGUGGCUAGGUGUACGAUAAAUGGAAUAUGGGUAUUGCUGACACGCGGACAACAUGCGACAAGUCCACUAAAGCUUACCCCGGCAGCCCGGACAGCCCCGGCUAUCGAAAGGGCUGGGCCGACAAUCCUAGCGAUACAA